AUGAGCGGGAUCUCUUCACUUUCUGAAUACUUUUUGGUGUUACCUACCAUCGCAAAUAUUUUGUUGCAGGUUUGCUCGGAAACCUUAAUAUAUGAUCCUUUAAAUCAUUCUUUCGUUACGCAAAUUGUUUAUUGA